AUGAGCGUCGGGAGUGCAGAGCUCGACGUCCUGGAAGGAGAAAGAGCAGUGAAAGAUGUGGAGCUGGAUGGGCAUCCACUUGACAGUGGACAGAGGAGGCUGGAAGAGCUGGGCUACAAGCAGGAACUUCGGAGGGAGUUCGGCAUCCUGAGUAGCACAUGUGCAGGCUUUGCCUCCACAUCCUUCCUUCUGACUAUCACAGGCCUGAUGCCCAUCGCAUAUGUGAAUGGCGGACCUGUGGCGGCAGUAUGGGGGUGGGUCAUGGUGUCAGUCUUCACCAUGCUCAUGGCUCUAUCAAUGGCGGAGAUUGCCUCUGCCUACCCUCUUGCGGGUGGCCCUUACUUCUGGUGUGUGGAGCUGACCAAGAAUGACCCACGCUACACCUUGGUGGCAUGGGUCACAGGCUGGCUGAACGUGCUGGGCCAGGUGGCGGCCACUGCAGGUGCAGCAUCCACAGCAGCUAGCCACCUGGGCUCCAUGUGGAUGCUGUCCAAUGGACAUGUCUUCACCCAGUUCGAGCUCUUCCUCACCUAUGCUUUGAUCAUGCUGGUGGCGGGCGUGCUGAGUUCUACAACGACCAAUGGCAUCAGAGGAUUCACGCUAUUCUCUGGCGCUGUGUUGGCCUUUGGGGGACUCUUCCUCAUUGUUUUCCUGCCUGCGGCAGCCCCAGCACAUCAGAGCGCAACCUUCGUGUUCACCUACUUCCGCGAUACUGACCAGAUCGACCUCGGCCUGCCCAGCACAGCGUAUUUGUUCUUGAUGGGGAUGCUGCUGAGCGAGUUUGGCUUCAUCGGAUAUGAAGCGCCUGCACAGUUUGCCGAAGAGACAAAGUCGGCAGACAGGAUUGUUCCUUGGGGAAUAGUCAACACGACAGCUCUGAAUGGCACGUUUGGGCUAGCCUACAUUGUGGCAAUCCUCUUCUGCAUCCAGGAACCGGACGAGCUGCUGCAAGGGAAUGCAGGAGGGAACGUGGUGGCACAGGUGUUCUGGGAUAUUUUUGAGAAGCGGUUUGGGUAUGGGCAAGGAGCGCUUAUAAUCAUGGCUCUUCCACUGGUGGCAAUGCUGAAUGCCACGGUCAUGAGCAUGGCUGCAAACACAAGGAUGCUGUGGUCAUUCUCGCGGGACGGCGGAGUGCCCUUGUACCGGGUGUGGGCGGCAGUGAAUAAGUACACAGGAACGCCCCUGAAUGCCACGUGGGCCAUGUCUGCUCUGGCGUUCCUGAUUGGCCUCCCCAUGCUGCUCUCCAACACAGCAUUCAUCGCCACUGGAGCCCUGUCAUCUGUCGGCCUCUAUGUCAGCUAUGCCAUCCCCAUUGUGCUGCGGGUGGUCUUCAGAGAAAACUUCACGCCCGGGCCUUUCAGGCUGGGAGCGCUUCAGCCUGCUGUGAAUGUCUUGGCUGUCUUCUGGACGGGCAACUUUGUGUGCAUUGAUCAGGCAUGCUUCCUGCUGCCAACGUCCUACCCGGUGACAGAUGCAAACCUGAACUGGACGCCAGUGACCGUGGGCAUAGUAAUGGCGGCUGUGCUGGUUGCAUGGUACCUGCCAAAAUACGGGGCGGCCACGUGGUACCGCGGCAAGUCGCACACUCUGCCGGACAAAGUCAUUGUGAGUCUCUCCCUCUCUUGCACGUCAGCUUCAAAAAAUUGA